AUGGAGCUGCGAGUCGCCGACGCACCGCCGAGCCCCGCGGCGUUGCAGAAACUGCAGCGCAAGAGCGUCUUUCGACGGCAGUCGAUUCAAGAUGUCUCGCUGAGCUCGGAGCGGCUCUUGUUGCAGCAUGAGCUUGCACAGAUGAUGCAAGUCGAGGUCCCGUGGGGAGCGGGGCCGCUUGGACUAACGCUCGUCAGCGAAAACGGACGAACAGUUGUGAAGGCGUCGACAUGCGUUGAAGUCAACGCAGGCGACGUUCUUCUGGCGGUCAACGGUCACUCGGUGCUCCAGCGCGACUACGCCAGCGUCAUGCAGCUCUUGCGCUCCGUGCCGAGACCAGCAUCGCUCACAUUCGCCCGCAGCUCUACACAGGGCGUCGACGACUCCGAAUCCUCGUUGCUGGCGUCCGAUGAAGUGUACCAGACACUCGUAUCGCUCUUGGCGGACGCCCACGACCGCGAUGUCACCUCGUCCAUUAUGUCGAUUGCGUCUGGCGACUCGAGCCUUUCGUCGCUGGCCUACUGUCGCUGCCCCCACUGCUCGACAGAGACGGCCCUCGAAGCUUCGCUUACCUCGAGCGAAGCCACACUCGAAGUGGCGACGAUGACCAGCCUUGAAGACCAGCUUAGCAGCUUCGUAAUGACCGAAAGCACGGACGUGGCGACCAUGACAACAACGUCGCUAGCGGGCAGCCCACGGCCAAAAGCACCGCCCGCGCGAUGGCAAAACCUCUUCAACAUCCGACCGAGCGCCAAGUCUCCACAAGACUCGACCUCAAUUGAACGUCCACCGUCAUCGACACCCAAUCCACCGACGCCGCUAUCCUCCUCAACCACUGCCGUCGUUGCUCAACAGCCGACUCGGUCAGCUUCCGCAGAGAAAGGAGCCCCGUCAACCCAACCACUGUACCUGCCGGUGCACUACCAUGUCGCCGGCGUCGUUUCACCUCCUGCCGCAGCGUCAGCUCUCACGCCACUUCCGCCUGCGCCAACGGUCAUCGCGCCCGUGGCGGCCGCACAGCCACUCGGGUUUGGUAACUUCGUCGACUUCGUCAUCUCGGGCUUCACGGGUGGCGGUCACACCUCAGCACCUGCUGCUAAAAAGCCGAAGACCAAGACACCAAAGGACCCUGCACCAGCGGUAACAGGCUACUACAAAGUGCGCUGGCGCCAAGGCACUCUCGGCCUGACGUUGAAGCACGUGGACGCUCGACUGCUUGUGACACAGGUGGGGACGCCGCCCGCCGACUUGGCGUCGAAAUUUGCGGUCGGUGACGAGCUCGUGGCCAUCAAUGGCUUUGAGACCGCGCGCAUCGGAUACCAGCAGUCGAUCCACUUUCUCCAAACUCUGCCCAAGCCGAUCCGUCUCGAGUUCCUUCGCGCUUCAGCGGCUUCGGACGCCAGUCGACAUGUGGCGCGUAAAGGUCGGUGCAGCAAGUUUGUAUCCACCUCGCAGCACUCGUGCUCCAUCCCCAAGUCCCGACCGUCGGAGCCCAUGACGCGGCUGUCCAACCUUUUCGACUACGGCAAGCGCCGAGCGUCGCUGGACGACCUUGCACCAGCUCCAGCGAUCGACGUCAAGGCCCAGGUCGAGCCGAACGAGUCCGAGAAGCGCCACCCCGCGCUGGAGAACGCUCUUUUACUUCGCACGUCGAUUUCGAUCGCAUCAACGACCUCCACCGACUCGGCGCGCUCCAACAUGGCGUACAUUACGUACAUGGCCAAGUGGAACGACAAGAGCCUUGGCUUGCUUAUCAAGAACCACCGCAACAAAAGCAUCGUCAAGGGCAAGACAGAGGCUGCGGACGCUAAAUGCAACCCGGACCUGCGCCAGAUCCAGCACGGCGACGAGCUCAUCGGGAUCAACGAGCACUCGACGAUCGACAUUGGCUUUGAGGCGACGAUGGCCCUGCUCAAGAACAUUGUGAAACCUGCGAUCCUCUCGUUUCGGCGCCAGAUCCGCGAGGUCCACUCCAACAACGACGACAGCUUCACCUCCAACGCUGCGUCGCUGCGCCUAACAGACGUCCCGAUGGCCGCGACAUCGGUCGAAUACGCUAUGACACCACCGCCACCGACGCCGCCAGUUGCAACCAGUGUGAGCAUCCCGAGCAAUGCAACAACUCUCCCGAGCAAGUUUCGCAGCGGCCCCGAGGUACCUCAGCCAACGGCGGCCGACUUUAUUGAUACGGCGCCGCCCAUGACUCGCACCAAGUUCCAUGGCAUCGACGCCGUACCGGAACCGUACUGGAGCGAUGGUCUCCGCGAUGACUACAAUGAUGAUGACGACGGGGCCCGCGACAGUCUCUUCGACUACGACCCGCAGCAGUACGCCAUGAUUUCGAGUAACCGGUCGAGUUUGCCGCCCUUGUCGACGUGCCGAGCGACACACGUCAAGACGGGCGAAAGCGUUGUGCCGAUGCUCAUGUCGUCGCAGUCGUACGAUGUCGACGACGACGCGAGUGCGUGCAAGAGCGAAUUCAUUCCGCUCUCGAUGGACCACCGCGACGGCGCGCACGUGUUUACGCUCGUCCAGUGGUACGGCGAGCCGCUUGGCAUCGCUUUGCACAAGAACAGCGCGAACCAGCUUGCCGUGCUCUUCUGCACGGGCGAGGGCAUUGCAGCUGCGGUCAGCUGCAUAUCUGUCGGCGACGUACUUGUCUCGAUCGCUGAGGUGCCGAUGAAGCGCUUCACGCUGCCGGCGUGUAUCGACUUUCUACAGGCAGCUCAGAAGCCUGUUUCGCUGCUGUUUCAGCGCCUCGAGCACAUUGCUGGAGACGGCUGCGCGAAGUCUGCGCAACCGCAGGUUUCCCGGUACGAUCUGGCAGCCUGCAUCGAAAACACAAGCUCUUGCUCCGUCAGGAAGGUCCCUCUGAGAUUACGAUUGAGUGGGACGGUGACGAUGUCUGGGGCUUGCAAUUCAAGCACUACUACGUCCAGAAGGCUACCGUGCUUGUCGUGAGCAAGACCACAAAGCUGCGCAACGUCCGCGCCGGGGACCGCCUUGUGGCCAUUAACGGUGUGCCCGUCGACGAGAUCGGUGUCUUCGUCGCUAUGCAGCAGCUCCUCGCCCGCACACCCACACACCUCACAUUUCAAUGCCACGCCCGGGACUGGAUGGUUUAGCAACAGCUCUUGUACUAAAACACGAAAACAUUAAUCUAACAUUCUGGUUCUGAC